AUGACAACUAAUACUACAAAUCGAAAUGCUCGAAAACAUCGAAAAUUAGUUAUUGUUGGUGAUGGUAUGUGUGGUAAAACAUGUCUAUUAUUUGCUUUUAAAGAUGAUCGAUUUAUUCCAACCCAUGAUGCAACUAUUUUUGAUACAUAUGUAGCUGAUAUUCAAGUUGAUGGAAAAAUAAUUGAUUUAGCUCUUUUUGAUACAGCUGGUCAAGAAGAUUAUGAUCGUCUUCGUCCAUUAUCAUAUCCUGACACAAAUAUUGUUCUCAUAUGUUUCAGUGUUGAUAGUCCAGUAUCAGCUACAAGUGUUAUUGAGAAAUGGGUACCAGAAAUUCGACAUUUUUGUGGUCAAUGUCCAAUAAUAUUAGUUGCAUGUAAAAAAGAUCUGAGAACAGAUUCACAAACAAUUGCAAAAUUAAAAUAUGAAGGUGAAAAACCGGUGACAACUGAAAUUGGAAAACGAAUAGCAACACAAAUUAAAGCUGAUUCUUAUAUGGAAUGUUCAGCUAAAACUCGUGAAGGUGUACAAGAUUUAUUUAUUCAAGCUGCACGUUUAUCACUUAGAAAUCAUUCUCAUAGAAAAUCACGUCUCAAUUGUGUUUUUGUUGAUAAUCCAGUAUCACUUGUGAAUGUUACUAAAAAAUGGAUACCAGAAGUUCGAGUUCAUUGUAAUCAAUGUCCAGUGAUAUUAGUAGCAUGUGAAAAACCGGUGACAACUGAAAUUGGAAAACGAAUAGCAACACAAAUUAAAGCUGAUUCUUAUAUGAAAUAUUCAGCUAAAACUUGUGAAUAUGUACAAGAUUUAUUUAUUCAAGCUAUCGAAAUGCUGACAAAUAAAAGUGAAGCGACACAAGCAAGUAGAAAAUUACUUAUUGUUGGUGAUCCUAUGUGUGGUAAAAGAACAUUAUUACAUUCAUUUGUAAGAAACCAAUUUGGUAUCGAUUGUAGUCGACAAAUUAUCGACACACCUGUUGUUCCAAUACAAGUUGAUCAGAGAACUGUAAGUGAAUAA